CUUUACGUGCGCGAAAUUCGAAAAAACUUCCGGUCUUGAAACAACGAAGCGUUUAAUUUCGCUACAAAUUUGUAAACAUGCCGCCCCCAAAAGGCUGCAAGCAAGAAAACCAACAUAUUCAGGUUGCUGUGCGGUUAAGACCGAUCAACAGUACUGAAAGGAAGCAGAGUUCAUACUCAGUUGUAGAUGGAAAUGCGGAAAAGAAAGAGGUCACGGUCAAAGAGAGACUUGGUGUCAACCCAACUACUAAGACAUUUAAUUUUGACCAUGUUUUUCCUCAAGAUGUGAAACAACAACAGGUUUACAAGUCUAUUGUUAGCCCAAUCAUCGAUGAAGUUCUUGAUGGAUAUAACUGCACUAUUUUUGCAUAUGGGCAAACGGGCACAGGGAAGACUUUCACCAUGGAAGGUGAGAGGUCAGAUGACCCUAAUAUGUCUUGGGAAGAUGACCCUCUCACAGGCGUUAUCCCGAGGGCCCUGGCUAACAUCUUUGAUCAGCUACAGGCCCAAGCGGUGGAGUUUUCUGUUCGAGUGUCAUUCCUGGAGCUAUACAAUGAGGAAUUGUUUGAUCUUCUGGGAUCCUCCAUCGACCCCCUCCGGCUCAAGAUCUACGAGGACAGCACUAGAAAGGGCUCAGUGAUCAUCCAGGGUCUGGAAGAGAUCGUGGUGAAGAGUAAGGAUGAAGUGUACGAGAUACUCGAGCGUGGCGCCUCCCGCCGACAGACAGCUGCUACACUUCUUAAUGCUUUUUCCAGUCGAUCCCAUUCUGUAUUCACGGUGACAAUUCACACGAAGGAAAACACAAUGGAGGGAGAAGAGCUGCUGAAAACAGGCAAACUGCACCUGGUUGACUUGGCGGGCAGUGAGAACAUUGGUAGGUCUGGAGCUGUGGACAAGAGGGCAAGGGAAGCAGGGAACAUCAACCAGAGUCUGCUCACCCUUGGACGCGUGAUUACAGCCCUGGUGGAGCACGCCCCACAUGUCCCUUACAGGGAAAGCAAGCUGACCCGAAUCCUGCAGGACUCUCUUGGAGGUCGCACCAAGACAUCCAUCAUUGCCACCAUCUCACCUGCAUCAGUUAACCUUGAGGAAACUUUGAGCACCCUGGACUACGCCCACAGAGCCAAGAACAUCACCAACAGGCCAGAGGUGAACCAGAAACUCACCAAGAAGGCUCUCAUCAGGGAGUAUAAUGAAGAAAUAGACAAGUUACGACGAGAUCUGCAAGCUGCCAGAGAGAAAAAUGGCUUCUUUAUUGCCGAGGAGAAUUACAAUGCCAUGCAUGUAAAGUUGACAGCCCAGGACGAUCAGAUCACAGAACUCUCCACCAGGAUUGAGGCCAUGACUGAUGAGCUUAACAAGGUACAAGAGCUGUUCGCAGACACUCGAGUUGAGUUAGAACAGACUGCUGAGAAACUCACGGUCACUCGUGACAAACUUGGAAAGACUCGUUCAACUCUCCACGAGACAAAAGUCACACUGAAAACCACUGAGCUGGACAGGGACAGUCAUAAAUACCUUGUCCAGGAGCUCACAGAGUCGCAGGACACACUGUUUGAAACUGCUAACUCGCUGUUGAAUACAGUGGACGAGGCCACAUCAGAUGUUAGUGGUCUACAUGACAAGGUUGAGAGAUUGAAAACUGUAGAGGCCCACAACCUUCAGACACUAGACAGUUACGAGGAGACCUACAACACGAGUAUAACAACGCUUGAGACGUGUAUUCAGGAAUAUGCUGAGAAGCAGGCUGAGGUGUACGCGGAAAAUUCUAAACACAUAGCACAAAAGGUUGAGCGAAACAAGACCUAUGUCUCCCAGCUUACCACACAAAUGCGUGACUUGCAGUCAUGUUUACAAGAAAACGUCACAGUAAUAUCCCAGCAUGCAAAAGACACCUGCGAACAGAACUCAUGCUGGGCAAAUGGUAUUUCUACAGGGGCGGCAGAUUUUAAGGCUACUGAGUCUAGUCGGUACGAGGCUAUACAGGGCAUUCUGGGGGACAAACUGACCAGGGCUAUGACUCAGCUACAAGACAUUGGUGAAUCACACACACAGAUAUUAGAACUACUUGAAACCCAGCGACAAGAAGGUGAGACCAGUGUGCAGGCCUGGUCAGAACGACUCACCAAGGAGCUUGGGGAUCUGGUUGGGCUGGUGGAGACUCAUACUCGUGUCCAGGAGGAACGCAUCACAGGGCUCCGGGAAUCUCUUGCAUCACUCACUGACAACUACAACAGCAGGCAUCAGAUCAUACAGGAGAAGAUGUCUGAGUUGAUCCAGUUGUCUCAGGAGAACCAUGGUAUAGUGGGACAGAUGUCCUCGGAGGUUGAAAGCAGGACUAAGGAGCUUUGUAGUGAGACUGGAAGCCACCUGUCCUCGGUGCAGGAAUGGAAAUCACAAACAGAAAAGGAGAAUACUUCAAAAGUGGAAGCCAUCAUUGAACAGAAGCUGCAACAUACACGGAGCGCCAGUACACGAAUAUCUGAGGUUCAAGCCAUUGCUACAAAAACACAUGAGGAUUGUACAACAGUGAAGACUGAUAUCAAUGAGCAUGUGACAGCGGGGCAGACGUCACAUGACCAGUACACAGAGCGCCUGAGUGACUCAUGCACACAACAUGUGACGGACCUCAACACGGCUCUCAACACACAUAAUACACAUACUCAGGCUCUUGAGACCUCCGUACAGCGUCAGUGCGAUAAGCUUGUUGAUGUGACUGACCGGCAGUCGGCUGAUCUUGACGGGGACGUGAAAACAGAACGGGGCUGUCUCAACUGGCUGCAGGGGGCCACAGCUCAGUCAGCUGCCCAGUUUAUGGAGGGUCUGAAUCAGAAUAGGGAAGAUAUGAGACGAUACAUACGACAAGAGAUGUCACAGGAUAAACCUACAGGUCUGACCCCAGUCCGGCAUGACUUCCCCCACAAGCGAAAUGUCAGACGGAUAUCAGACCAGCAAAAACUACUGGACAGAUUCCGAUCAGACAACAUGGUGGAGAUUGAGGAAGAGCCUGUUGAUUCUGAUACUGAGCUGGAGAAUGUGAAUGCACAGUGCCUGGUCGUCGUCCAUGGUCCGGACAAUGAGCAAGGAAUAGACACCUCUGGCCACAGCGACAACAUAAGUGUGAAAUCUUCAACAUCUGGUAUCAGUGUGAAAUCAUCAACAUCUGGUGUGUCUGAGAUGUCCGGGUCAGCUUUCAGCACAACAAGCAAGCGCUCAAACCUUGACACCAAAGAGAACGAAAGACAAGGUCGUCCAUUAGGAAACAAAAAGAUGAAGAAAAACUUCAUGAAUGUUACCCCGCGGAAAACAAGAUUGCCUCUUGCAAAUAAACAAUCAAAUGCUGAACAGCAAAAGACAGAAUAGGGUUCAUGACAUUUAUAAAUAGAUUUGACCUUGACCCAGGCGAAAUAGUGUUCAUGACAUUUAUCAAUAAUUUUCAUCUUCAUGUUUUCUAUUUACUCUAUGAAUGAACAACCAGUUAACAUAAUGAUGGACUGUUUUAAAGAUAAAGCAUACCUUUAUAUAUUUGCCAUUGAGGACCAGUAGGGAGUGAAAAUUGAGACAUGAAUAUUUGUACUUAUGCCAUUCUUGUGUUCAAACUGAUGUGAUGAUAUGGACAAAUUUUACCCUGAUUUAUAUGCAUGUCACAACUUGAAUUUCAUAUGAAUAAUGUCUGUGUACACAUGUUUAUUGUAUUGUUUUAUUUGAAAUGCAGUGUCAAAUUUAAAAUGCUAGACUGAUGAUUAGUGGGCAAAUGUUGAUGUGAGUGACACUUAUUUUUAUUCUUCAGCUGAACUAUGAUAUUCAAGGAUUCUCAAGUUCAGGAUUAUCUUGAAAUAAGAUUGAAGGCUUUUAAAACUUCAGGCUAUUAUACAGCUGUGGAGAUUGCUCAGACAUUUGCAUCAAAGAUAGUAGGAAAUACCUUGAAACGAAAAUAAAUGACUGGAAAAAAAUCAAAAGGGUUCUACCCCUUUACCCUGCUUGUCAUGAACCCUCAAACAUUAACAACAGAAAAAGGUGAAAUAAAAAAAAAAAACUCAAAAUCUUAACCAUCUAUAGUGCCUUACAUUUUGUAAAUUGGUGUUUUUUAAGGAGAGGAUUAUUAAUUAGGCAAACACUCUGUCAAUGACAUCCCCUUCUGUGAUGUAACUGAAUGUACUUGUUUUUUUUGUAAAACAUUACCAAUUGGGUAUACUUGUAUGAUUUUGUGUGCAUGUACAUGAAUUCAUUUUAUUUUAGUGUAAUUAUUAACCUAUUUAUGACGAUUUUUAUCUGAAAUAUUAUUUUACAAUGAUGUUUAUAUGUAAUCGAUAAAUAUAUACAGCUUUUAAUUUGGACAUUUAUACUCGAGAUUGAUUUGUCAACAUUGAUAAUCAAUGAUUGAUUUUAGUUUUAGGUGUAUUUCAAUAAGUUUGUGAAUGUUCUAAAUUUAUUGACCAUUUUAAGAAAUGCUUCCAUGUCUAAUUAGAAAAAUGAUACUGGUAGCCAUGUUUUCUAAUCACAUGUUCAACACGACAAAUUUCAUUUAAGAGACUUAGUCCUUUGUUUUACCUUUUAAUUAUGACAUUGAAUGUGUUCUCUAUGUAUUAAAGCGAUUAUUACACUAUAGUAUAUAUGCUUUACAUGUCUUUUUUCUUCCGUCUUGAAUCUAUUUAGUAAUUCACAGUAUCACCCUCUGUUACAAUGAUAUAAUUAUUUAAUUCAUUAAAGUAAGCCAUCCAUCAAUGAUCAUUAUGAUGCAAAGAUGUGUUCGUGUAUUUUAGCUAUUAACAUUACGAUUUUUUUCUGAGUUUAAUUAUAUUGAUUGACCAUUAUAUUAUUUUGCAAUUAUUACAUUUUUGAAAACUUUUAAAGAUAUUCAAACCUUAUAUUUUGUAACUUUAAUAUGAAACUUAUCCAGUAUCUUUUUAUAUAAAUGAUAUAUGGAUUUCCUUAAAGUGAAACAUGAACUCAUCACUAAUGUUUGUACUGUCAUCAGAGUGUCAGUAAAUGCCAGUAUUCAACUCAAGGAUUGGAUGUUACAAUAUUUUGUUCCUUCCUUGCAUAAACCCUACAAUUUCACUGUCUUUGUUUCUACAGCUUCUCAAGUCUAAACCUUCCCUCUUGUGCUUUUGUGUAUCAAUGCUGAUGAAUAAAACAUGC